CGCACGCCGGCGCGGUCCCUCUGGAGCUGCCGUAGAGGAGCGCGCUGCCGGGAGCGUCAGGGAUGAGCGCGGCGGAGGCCGACCGCUGGGCGUGGCUGCUGGUGCUCUGCUUUGUAUUUGGGUGCAAUGUCCUCAGGAUCCUUCUCCCGUCCUUCUCCUCCUUCAUGUCCAGGAUGCUGCAGAAGGAUGCAGAGCAAGAGUCUCAGAUGAGAGCCGAGAUUCAGGAUAUGAAGCAAGAGCUGUCCACUGUCAACAUGAUGGACGAGUUUGCCAGAUAUGCCAGGCUGGAGAGAAAGAUCAACAAGAUGACGGAUAAGCUCAAAACUCAUGUGAAAGCGCGGACAGCUCAGUUGGCCAAGAUAAAAUGGGUUAUAAGUGUUGCCUUCUACAUAUUGCAAGCUGCCCUGAUGGUCUCGCUCAUUUGGAAGUACUAUUCUGUCCCCGUGGCUGUGGUGCCAAGUAAAUGGAUAACUCCGCUAGACCGCCUGGUAGCGUUUCCUACUAGAGUAGCAGGUGGUGUUGGAAUUACCUGUUGGAUUUUAGUCUGUAACAAAGUUGUGGCUAUUGUGCUUCACCCUUUCAGCUGAAAAAGAAGAUGAAUACAGCCAUGACCCUUUUAAAAAUGGAUUUCACUUCGGUUACAAACCUGAUUUAUAUUCUUACUUUUUUUUUUUUUUUUUUAAGAAACAGUGCACAGGUUAGUUUUUUGUUGAACCUGUUUGUUUUUGGACUCUAUGUGAGAUUCUUAUAAGAAUUACGGUUUGUACUCUUGUUAUUGAGCCAGAAAGGUCAGUCUGUCACGCCUGCGUACCCGCCAGCAUAGCAGCAGAUUUGGGAUGAGAAAUGUGUGACAUUAUGGGCAUCUCCAUGUUGUUACUCGUGAUUUGUACUUGUGGCGUCUUAUAAAGGUCACAAUGCCAGUUGGAAAGUCACUUUUCUAAUAACGUAAGUACAUUAGAAACUUUAUACUGUUUUUAAUACAGAUUAGACAGCAACUUAAUCUCACUACUGGGAUUUGAAAAUUUGUUUUUUAAUCUCAUGCAGUAUUACUAGAAGAAUAACACUAGCUGACAUUGCCUGUGCUUUUUUCUUCUGUUUAAAAUGUCAUUUGUUGGGCGAGCCUUUGUGUAGUGUUAUCUACUUAUAUGAAGCUGUUGAUCUUUCAUUACUGUGUUUUGUAAAUGUAUUCAUGAGACCACAAUGCAUUGUUUUGUGCUUGAAUUGUGUGUUUUGUAUUUAAAGCAUUUCAAAUGAAGUAUAUUUUAUAAGCAUUUAAUAUUUAUGCUCCAUUGAAUGGGACAAAGUUAAAAAACAAACUAGGAAGCCUGAUUAAAUUAAUUUAAAUGAAUACAUGUUUGGCCCAUAAAGUAUAAUUCUGCUAUUUUUUAAAACAACUGUUUCUAGUUAAAAUCUUUGCAAGUGCUUGUGUGACUUCCUUCCUUACAGCCACUUAUUUGCUGUGACCAGUCUGUAACUGUGACAAAUGGCAGAGGGCUUUAGCCGUUAACUGAGUGGGCCACACUUAGCUGUAAAGCCGAAUUCCACGACCAGUGUUUAAAAGAUCCUGGUUGUGUUCUUGUGUUCCCUAAUGAUCUAAUAAGUAGCUCAUUACUUCUGCUAAUUGUACUGUGAAAGACAAAGUGCUGUGCUGCUUUAGUGUGUCGUUCCCAGAGUGGGGUUCAGGUGCCCCUGCUUAUUCAGACUCACCGGGCACCGAGUUGAUGUGGCUUUAAGAAAGGAUGCAGAAGAGGAAACAGCCGUAUUUAGCAGACGACACCACGGAGGACUUGUCUGCUACACAGGGUACAUUCUCACCAUGAGGGGUGAGAAGCCAGCCUGAGGGGGAGAUGACAACAGCCCAAGGCAGCUGCAGGGUCUGGGGUCUCUGACAGGCCCCAGGCCUGACACCCAUUUCAGGAGCUGCAGGCACAAAUGGUAGGUGGGUGCAGGGCGCCCAGGGACAUCCUCUGGACACUGAUCGGCACAGAGCCUCCCUGAGACCCUUAUUUAUCUCCUUAAGGAUCUACUCCUUUAGUUAACACUGUAAGAAUUUUGAGAAAUCUCGCUGAGGCCAGAGGACAAGAUGUACAGUUCACAGCUAUUGACCCCUUCCAUGUCCAUGAAUAGUUGGUGAAGAUUCAGUAGGUUAAAUGUCCGUCCUGUUUCACACCAUUGUGGUUUCUCAAAAACUGUAUUUGUUUUUAAAUAGAUAGUAAACAUGGUACCGAAGUCAACAAUACAGAAAGGGGUACAAUGAAAAGUAUGUCUUCUGACCCUGUACUGUUAUGUCACCCAAUUUUCCAGUUUCCCACUGUUACCAAUUUCUUAUGAUUCUUCCAAUGAUAUUCCAUAUGUUUAUGAAUAUUGGUGUGUGCUUUUAAAAUAAAAUUCUUUCAAAAUUAUAAAAGUA